AUGUAUCGCUAUGGCUUUGUGGCUGAGCAGGAUUGGAGCCGCUUCCCCGAGGAUGACUACAAUGAUGAGAACAUUAUAGAUUUUGCUGGUGCUUUGCCUCAAGUGCAAAUGUUGAAGGUUCGCCUGGGAGGUGUCAACCUUCUGGGCGAAGUGCUUGGCUCCACAAAGUUUGACUUCGAGGAGUACAUGUUUGACGCCCUGAAAGCAUGCGCUCAUUUGCACGACAUUGCCUGUCCAGAGCACCAGAACGCGUUCCUGAAGUUUUGUGUGGAGUCAACCUUUGUGGACGAGAAGUCUUGGAAGGUCGAAGCGAAUCUCUUGAUGCCUUGGUCUCCAGUGCUGCCAGAUCAAAUGGUGGUGAAGCAUUUGUCUUUGAAUGCGCAGAAGCGGCCAUUGUGCAAGUCAUGCCACAGUGUAACGAUGAUGCUUCAAAGGAACUUCGAUGGGAUGCCAGAUGGAUGGGAGAACCUGUCGAAUGAAGACACCAUUGAGUUCUACAAGAAGAUGUUGGCGCACAAGACGGAUGGCCCACUCCGUUUCCAAGCGCUUCGAACCGAGAUCAAGAACCUCCUCAUUUCGAGGCAACUUGACGAGACCCGGCAUGGUUUCAAUGGCCAGUUCCAUCCAUUGAGCUAUUGGGAGAAGCAGGGAUACGAUGUGGACAUGAUCAAGAACAAGGCCGAGCAAAUGGAUCAUCCAGUGCUGGGCAAAACCUAUAGGGUCGACAUAUUCCACGUGAGCCACGAACAUAUUGCGCAGAAGGUGGAGGAGGCUAUUCGCCAAGUCGACAAGACAGUCAAGCGGAAGAAGAUUCCAAAGGCAAAGGCGAAGAACUCUGCCAAGAAAAGCAAAGGUGAGCCGGCUGAGGAGGCCGAUCCGGCCCCUGUGGUGGACCAAGACCUCGUGGACUUGGUUGACCUGGAGAGUGCAGAUGACUCUGUUGAGGAGGUGCUCCCCAAGGGGCUCACCCCGAAACAAUUGGCAGCCCGCCAAAACAGGGAGGCCAAGAAAAUGGCCAAAGAGGCAAAAAAGCUAUCGAAGAAAAUCACGAACUUGGCCAGCAAGGCUUUGACAUCGAUGCAGCCCCUGAAAGACCGACUUCAGAACAUCAAGAAGGGCUUGAAAAUCGAAGAGAUCCAACCCAUGACCUUGGAAAACCUCGAGAAGAAGAUCGAAUUUGUGGAAGAGGUCGUCACUCAGAGCCUUGCCGUGAUGAAGGCUGUGGGUGCUGGAAAGUCAGUGUCAACUAAUGAGUUCGAUCAGGUUGAGGAUGACAAGGACCUCAACACUCAGAUCAAGAGCAUCAAUGAUGUCAUCAAGGCAGUCACGUGGGACAAGAAAGCAGCUAAGCACAAGAAGGCCAAUGGGGAUGAUGGUUUGGCUGUUGGUAGCACUUUGUCAAGCCUCACAGGUUCAGUGGUUAAACUCUCCGACAUGUUACCUGUCGCAGCAAUGAUUGAAACCACGGUGGACUCUGCUGUCAUCCAAGGGCUUGCAGAUGGGUUCUCCCAGCUCUACAACCAUGAUGCAAAGCAGCUCGCUUGGGUGGCAAGUUAUGAGCUGGAGAACCUCAAGGAGCUAUGCGUUUGGCUCGCUGAUGUUGUCUGCCAUGAUUUUCAGAAAGCAAAACUUGUGAGUGAGGUGGCGCUAUGCAUGGUGACUUUGCGCUGCUGCUUCGAACAUGGCAUCCAGAUUGACGACAAGCCGUAUGUAGGCCAUGCCAAGUUCUACGAUUCACCGGGAGACAGUCUACAGCAACAGAUUGCAAGCUCCCUUGUUCCGCAUCGUGGCUUGGGGCCCAUCAAAAAAAAGGAGCUCAACCAAAGCAUGGGCUAUUUGGGCACUGUGAGAGUGUAUUUUGCAGCUCUGAAUCACCGACUGUUCCUGGACUUCAUUUGGCCCAUCCAUGAAUUGCUGGGUGAGGUCAUUGUUGCGUGGAUGGAGAGAGCUGCCAAGAGGCCAAAGGUCUCUCAGCUCUUGGCCCUGCAGAAUUCCAAUUGUGCUUGGAGGAUUCAGCGUUUGCUGAACAAUGGUGAUGCUCAAGCUGCUCAAAGUGGUGCAUGGAAAAGGCAAGCCAAGGAAAUCCUUCGGCCAGCUCAGUCUUCCUACGUAGAGCUCAAGGUUCCAGCCAAAGAUGGUGGAGAAUGUGUGCGCUUUUGGUGUGCCGACAUAGGCAAAGUCCUCACCUACAUUGCUGGCUCUGCUGAAUUUUACCGUCAGCGCUUGGCUACAGUGCAAAAUCAAUUGCUAUCUAUUGUGCUUGUCGAGGACGAGGCCACAGGUGGCAAUGUAUUGAGCACCUCAAGCAGCAAGAAAAUGCAUUUGUGGUAUUUUGCUUUGCUGGAAGUAGGUGACUGUCACCGCCCUGAUGCGUGGUUCCCCUUGGCGUGUAUACCGACACGCGAUGUGUCCUUGGUGGAUGGGGCAACCAGCCAAGUGGGCGCUGCAGUGUUGAGGCAUUUGGCCUCCCAGAAUCUGCCUGAAGGGGUCGAUGUUUGUGGCCUUCGCCUGCGAUUGCGCAUCCACGCUUUUCUCGCAGACUAUGAUGCUUUGAAUGGAUUGGUCAAUGCCAAAACUGCUUCUGCUCUGAAGCCAUGUCUCCUGUGCAAGAACAUUGUGUCAAGACUCCAUGGAUCGCCCAUUGUGUCAGAGGACCCCUAUUUCCAAACUAUUGCAUUGAAUGACCCCAGCAAAUUUGACCUUCACAGGCCAGAGGAACUACAUGAAACGUACGAACGCAGUUUGCAUGAUGCGACUUCCUGCAAUGUUGCUCAGCGCAAAGAAUUGGAGACAUGCUUAGGGUAUGCUUUGCAUGCAAAUGCUAUGUUGACAUGCCCCAUUGCACGGGCGUUGAUCUCUGUGGACCGGAUUAUGUUUGACUCAAUGCACCAAAAUUUCGCCAACGGAAUUUGCUCUUCAGAGAUGCUGGCUUUCCAAGAAAGGUUCUCGAGAUGCUCUGGUGUGAGCUUAGAAGACUUGAGGAGCAGUGUUCGGGAGGUUCCUUGGGUUUGCAGGGACAAAUCGUUUCGAGCUCCCAGUGCUCGCAGCUGGCUUUUCAACGAGACAUUUUGGCAAGGGGCACAAAAUUACAAGGGUUCAGCCUCGCAAACUUGGUUUGCCCUGCCAUUGCUCGUGCACUAUGCCAACAGGUUGACCACUGUGGCCGAAGUGCCUGAGUUGGAAUCUCUCAAUGCCCUGUAUGAAACCGUCCUUGAACUCAAACAAUGGCGCAGAGGACAUGGAGAUGUUGCCAAGCUUGAUGCUUGCCAGAGAAGGCAUCAGCAAUUGUUCAUGCGCCACUACGCAGGUCAGGAACGGCCUAAACAUCAUUAUCGUCUUCAUUUGCCACAGCAAUAUGCUCGGCUUGGCUAUUGUGACUUGUGGCCAUGUGAGGCGAGGCACAAGGCGUACAAGCACUCUCUGGCAGAUGACAUGGCUGGCGUCUUCUGUUCCCGCUCCGGGACAUCAAGCCAACAGAUCUUGACAAGGCUCCUGCAUCGCCAGGGUUGGGCGAUGGCCGAACACCCGUGGGUGAAUCAGUUGGCUGGCAGCAUACAUGAUGCAAACGCUGUUGAGACGGCGACGGGCUUGCAACAUUGCCGUAUCAGUUCAGCGUAUCAGUUGCAAAGCCUUCGCUUGCAGUCCGAUGACAUCAUUUGUUUUGGUGACCACUUCGCUUUAGUGCACUUCUUUGUUGAAGAACCGGAUGGUGGGGGGACUGUCAGUCUGACCGCUGUACUCUCCUGGCGGGGUGAUGUGGUGCCCCUGGGCGGGAACUUCACCAACUUUGGGGCAAACCAUGCACCCAGCCAUGCAUCCAGCUGGGAGUUUGGCGCCCGGCCGCAGUUGUUUGGCGCCGCCGGCGGGGGCACGGGCAUCAGCAGCUGGGCGAGCAGAAGCGCAUGGGGCGAACGGCCGUCUCCCUUCAUGGCCAUCCAAGGCAAGAAGCACAAGAAGGCGCUGGCUGCUUACACGCUGGACAGGCUGCAGCGAUGGCACAAAGGAGAGAGGAUGGCUCUUUGGAGCAGUCGCCACACCCCACCGCCACCACGACGAGGGCGACGUACUCCCCAGCAACGACGAGAGAUGGCGGUCGCCUUUGCACGAGAAGGCCCUGAAGUGGUGGCCCGCGCGUUGCGGAGCUUUCACUCUGGCACCUCGCCAGGACCCACGGGCCUGAGAGCCCAGCGGCUUACGGCUAAAUGCCUUCUGGAAGAAAUACGGCCUGACGCCCGGCGGCACUUCUGGCCCGUGCAAACUGGAGUCUGUGUCCCUGCUGGGGUUGACGCGGCGGUCCAUACGGUCCGAGCCUGGGCCAACCGCAGCAACAACUGUCAACAGAAGGUGCUGGUGAAGCUGGACUUUCACAACGCCUUCAACACGAUCAGCCGCAAGGCUGUGCUGGAUGCAGUGGAGACCGAUUUCCCCACCCUCUCUCGGUGGGCCUGGUGGUGCUACGGCCAACCCAGUGGGCUGCGCUUUGGCGGUGGCACCUUGGCUUCAGCUGGAGGCGUGCAGCAGGGCGACCCGCUCGGACCUCUCCUCUUCGCGGCAGCCAUACAAAGCCUCGCUCAGGACCUUCGGCGUGGCCUCGACAUUGGGAUGUUCUACUUGGACGAUGGGGUCCUCGCAGGCGACGUGGCGGCGGUGUCAGCAGCCUUGCUCCACCUGCAGCAACGGGCUGCCGCCCUCGGGCUUACUUUGAACCUCCGCAAAUCAGAGGUGAUUGCGAUGGCUGGCGCACCAGCUACAGUCCUUCAACGAUACUUCCCCCCAGAGCUUUUGCAAGAUCACAGUGGGUGCACUCGGGUUGCCAAGCACUUCGAACUCCUUGGGGCACCAGUCGGCGACGACGCCUUCUGCGCCCAGCACACAGCCUCACGGGUGACGGGGGCCAGCCAACUCUUGGAUGCGGUUGCUGACAUCCAUGACCCUCAAGUUGGCCUCCGCCUCUUGCGAACAGCUGCGGGGCAUUCCAAGCUGCUCCACAGCCUUCGCUGUGCCCCGCCAGGUCCACAGCAAGAAGCCCUCCGCCACUUCGACGUACAGGUUCGCAGCUGCUUCCAAGCCUUCACUGGUUUACACCCUGAACCUCAACAAUGGGAGCAAGCCUCCCGCAGUCCAGGCUUUGGUGGCUUGGGCCUCCGGAGCGCAGCUGAAGACAGCGCCGCGGCCUACCUGGCUUCACUUGGAGACAGCCACGCCGCUUCGGCCUUGGCCAUCUACAACAGCCAGCUCGGCACAUCCGAGAAUCUCACUUUGGCGACAGCUCUCGGGAUGAAACAAAAAGCUUUAACCCAGCAGCUGGACCGGGCGUCCUGGACACGACAACUAGCGUCUUCCACCUUGGCCGCCCAAGCCAUCCUGCGAUCUGAAGCUGAGGCGGGAGCUCGCGCGUUCCUAGCCGCGGCGCCAAGUGGACGAACGCGAAUGGAGCCAGCCCUCUUCAUCACCGAACUGAGCCAACGCCUGGGCAUGACCGAGGCUGCCCGCGAUGGAUGGUGCCCCCAAUGUGAUGCGGUCUUGGACAAGUUCUCCUACCACUCUGCCAGCUGUGUGGCUGGGGGUGAGCGCGUCCAGCGGCACAAUACAUUUUCCUCCCAGCCUUUGCUGGCUUUCCCACCGCCCUUGACCUCGCCGUUACGGCGCCUCUGCGGUCGGAAAGCCUCAGCGAAGCUGGCUCAGUGGCCACUGCGGCAGCAACCUCCGACCGCUGGUCUUGGAAACAACUGGCGCAUGGGAGGCGGAGGCCGCUUCCCUCCUCCGCAGGAUCUCGGGAGCUGUGGCUCUUCGAACAGGCCUGUGACCCGGGCCGCCGCCCCUCGUGCCGCGAUGUGCCUCCCGAUGUGCCCGUCACAGGGCGAAUUGUUUGGUCCCUUCGAAGCGCCCAUGGGCUUCUACAUCGAUGGCUUGCGUGUGAAGCCGCUGGAUGAGCCGCACACGAGGUUGGAGAGACCCAAUGGCCGCGAUGUGCUAGACACUUGGAGUCGACCCAGUCAUACCUCGGAACAAGAGGCCGCAGAUCCUGUUUUGGAUAGGACACCUCCGAAUUCGGGCCACAAGCGCGCGCCAGUAUGGAGGGUCCAGGACUGCGUCACGGGCAUCGACGUGGCGCCCUUGCCAUCGGCCUCGGAGUACGACUGUCCCCAUGCGCUUCUGUACACCGCGGAGCAGGAAUACCUCCGUUCAUUGCGGGAGAUCUUGGCCAAGAGCGCGGUGGACGUGAACACCUUCGGCGCUGGAGGAGUGACGGCGCUGAUGCUCGCGGCCUCGAGGGGAUGCACCGGUGCCAUGCGACUCCUCUUGAGCUGCAAGGCGAAUGCCAACCUGGCGGACCGGGAUGGUUGGACAGCUCUCACCUACGCCAGUCGUUGCGGCUCUCCAGAGGCAGUUGCCGCACUCUUGGAGCAGCUGGGAAGGGCUUCCAAGUCUUCGCCUUGUACUUACCCUGGACCCUGGACCGUCUUGGCAGCUUUGAGAACCGUCUUCGCUCCAUUGACCUGGCUCUUGAAGGAUUCCUUGGCCAUCUUUGACUUCGUUGCCUUGGCACAGGUCUUCAACAAUGGCUCCAACUUAUCCACCAGCUUUUUGCAGGUCUUGGCCACCUGCGCAUUGUCAGACCUCCUUUGCGUCAGCAACAUGGGCGGCUAUCCCAGUGAUUUUGACAAGAAUGACGGUGGUCGAGCAUUGAAAGAGGCCCUCCGCGUGAAGCACAACGCCGCCGCGCGGGCGCUGCUCCGCGCGGGCUUCGGCCCGGCACCCGCCGGGACCUUCGCGUUGGAGGGCACCGUGAAGCCGGAGGAGAGCGCGGGACGGCGGGACGGGACGGGGCGCAGCCGAGGUCGGCCCGUCGCGAAACGUUAA